CAGGAAAAAAAAUAAAAUAAAAAAUCAAUUGAAGCAGAAAUUAUGAUGAUCGGAGAAAGGAGCUCCGGCGGAACUCCGCCGUGGGAGUACGACGGCGCCAAUGGCGACGAUUACUCGUUCCUCUUACAGAGCGACUGCUUGAAGGCUUUGCAGCGGUUUUUGCCGUCGAAUUCGAGCGACGCCGCGCCCGAGUUUCGAUUUCCGGAGGCUGAUUUGAACGGAGAGGUUUUUCCGGUGGACGCGCACUCGUCGGACCACUUCCGGAUGUUCGAAUUCAAGGUGCGUAAGUGCACGCGCGGCCGGUCUCACGACUGGACGGAGUGUCCGUACGCGCAUCCGGGGGAGAAGGCGCGCCGCCGUGACCCGAGGAAGUACCACUACUCCGGCACGGCGUGCUCCGACUUCCGUAAGUGCGGCGGCUGCCGGAAAGGCGACGCGUGUGAGCACGCGCACGGCGUUUUCGAGUGUUGGCUACACCCGGCGCGUUACCGCACGCAGCCUUGCAAGGAUGGUAUGUCCUGCCGGCGGCGCGUGUGUUUCUUCGCCCACUCGCCGGAUCAGCUCCGCCUCCUCACCCCACGCGCCGACUCCUUCGACGCCUCCCCCCACCGCCUCGUCUUCAUGCCUUCCCCGCCGGAAUCUAUCUCCCCGCCGCCGGCGGACUCUCCGCCGCUAUCUCCGAUGACUUCCGGCUCCGUCAACGAAAUCGUGGCCUCAAUCCGCCGCCUCCACCUAAACAAAUUCAACUCCGUGCCGCCGUCGUGGAUCUCCGGCGGGGCUUCUUCCCCCCGCCUGAACCCUACCCGACCCGGAUACUUCAGUCUGCCCACAACCCCGACCCGAUCCGUAACCAGACCCGGAUUCGGUUGGGAGAGGUCUCAGCAGGACGAAGCUCCGAUGGCGUUUGUUGAAUCAGGAAGAGACCUGAGAGCAAAGAUGUUCGAGAAGCUCAGCAAGGAGAACCCGCUGGAUCGAUCCGACCCGGACCUGGACCCGAGUCCGAAUCCAUAUGCCGACGUUGGUUGGGUCUCGGAGCUUCUAAAAUAAAAAAGCUUCUGGUCAGUAAUCUUCCAAAUAUUCCCAAAAUUAAGAAAAAAAUUAUUAGAAAAAUGAAAUUAAAGCCAAAUAUUUUGUAGAUAUUAUUAAUAUUGUUAGAAAAAAAAUUUGGGAAUUAUCAUUAAUUAAAUUAUGGUAAUUGAUCUCUUUUGCACAAAUUUUCCCCAUGAAAAGAUGAUCCUGUUUUUUAUUUUUUUAAUUUAAAUAAUUAGUGUAUAGUGAAGGGUACAAAACAGCUGAAAUAUUUAGGGCUCUGUUUGUUACUUUAAAUUAUUAAUUAAUUAUGAAAUAUGAUGCUACAAUAUAUUAAAUUGUAAUGUGUAUUUAAUUUCUCAUUUUUAUAUAUUUUUGUUUGGGUUGGAAUAUUGAAUAUUGAAUAUUAAAAAAUAAAAAAUAGUCAUAUAAUAGGGAAGAUGCAUUGCCUA